AUGGCUACCCACGUUGUCACCGCCGUCACUGCGACCUCCCCGAGUGUUCCGAACCAGAUCUCGGUCCAUGGUCAACCCUCUCCGACCAACUCGGCCACCACUACUCCCUCAAAUAACUCCCCGACCUCCCCUCGUCUUACCACCGCCGCGCUUCACCAACUCCCUCUGCAGUCGCGCCAGUUGCGCCCGCCCAAGGGCCCGCUGUAUGUUCCUGCUGCGCUUCGUCCCACCGAACGCCCCCAGAAGUCCUCGCCCAUCACUCCUCCCCGGAGUAUUCAUGGCUCUCUCGAUAGCCUGGAAGAGUCAGCCGAGCCCAUCAGUCGCCGCUCCACCAUGGAGAGCAAGUCCAGCGGCAUCAGCAAGGUUGCCGAGCACGAAUGGAUGAAGAAUGAGUCCCUCGGCGAGGUGACUGGCCUGCCCACCCGUGACCACUGGAAAGUGAGUAGUGAUUCUGCAAUCCUUACCAGCCUUUAUAUAUACCCGUGGUCGCCUGAAUGGCGCCAUGUCCCAUAUAUCAUGUCGUAUGCGAGCUCGUCAUUCUAUGGAAUGGCGUGCUUGCAGCUCUCGGCACCGGAACAUCAUCCACAUGAGGAUCCAUGGGCAUCUCAGCUAACCUUCUCCCUCCAGGCGGACUCGGCCUCCCCCAACUGUGAUUCUCCCACUUGUCGCUCUUCCUUUGGUCUCUUCUUGCGCCGUCACCACUGCCGUCAUUGCGGUCAUGUCUUCUGCUCUUCCCACACUCCUCACGUCGUACCGCUCGACCAAAAUGCGCGCUUCCACCCCGAGGGUGUUCCCUCCCGCGCCUGCGAUCUCUGCUGGAGUGCCCACCAGCGCUGGGAGGAGACCCGGACCAAUCGCUUGAGCAAGAUUCAAAAUUCCAUCGACAAGGCCCGAAAUGGUGAGGACUCGAGUGAGACCUCCAACCUUGACACCAGUCAGGAAUCCGGCCGCGCCACCUCAAGGGCCAAUCUGCCCCAGACUGCCGAGGUGGCUGCCAGUGUGCCUCGCGACUGGAACUGGAGCACCUUUUGA